AUGUCGGAUUUUCGACCUAUUAGCUUAUGCAAUGUGAUUUAUAAAAUCAUAUCGAAGGUGUUGGCUAACAGAUUAAAGCAAGUUCUUCCACAUAUUAUUUCUUCCACUCAAAGUGCUUUUGUUCCGGGUCGUCUUAUUACUGACAAUGUGUUGGUGGCAUGUGAAACCUUACAUUCCAUGCGUGGGAGGAGGAAAGGAAAAACAGGUUUGCUUGCUCUGAAAUUAGACAGAAGCAAAGCUUAUGAUCGAGUGGAAUGGGCAUUCUUGAAGGGUAUCAUGGUAAAAUUGGGCUUCCCGGAUAAUUGGAUAAAUUGGGUGAUGACAUGUGUGAGUACUCCUACUUUUUCUGUCCUUAUUAAUAGCAAACCUUUUGGGCAUAUUACUCCAUCUAGAGGGCUCUGUCAAGGGGAUCCCCUUUCGCCUUAUUUGUUUCUCCUAUGUGCAGAAGGUUUUUCUUCUUUGCUGUUUCAAGCAGAGGUUGAGGGGCGCCUACAUGGGGUUUCUAUUUGCAAGCGAGCACCAAGAAUCUCCCAUCUACUUUUUGCUGACGACUCUUUGCUCUUCUGCCAGGCUACCCAAAAGGAAGUUAAUGAGGUUAAUGGGAUCCUACAAACAUAUGCAAGUGCAUCGGGGCAAUGCAUUAAUUUGGAGAAAUCAUCGGUUUUGUUUAGUAGUAAUACACCUGAAACACAAAAGGAGUGGACAAAGGCGACCUUAGGAGUGAAGGAGGUGGAGUACUUUGAAUCUUACUUGGGCUUGCCUACUUUUAUAGGGCGUGCAAAAUACCAGACCUUUGCAUUUAUAAAGGAUAGAGUCUGGAAAAAACUACAAGGUUGGAAAGGAAAAUUACUCUCUAGAGCGGUUAAAGAAGUGUUAAUCAAGGCGGUGGCUCAAUCCAUCCCGACCUACACAAUGGGGGUAUUCCAGUUACCGGUAAAGCUAUGUAAUGAACUCAGUGCGAUGUGUGCAAGGUUUUGGUGGGGGCAAGUGGAGAACGAAAGGAAGAUACAUUGGAAGAGUUGGGGAGUGCUAUCUCAGGCCAAGAAGGAUGGUGGGAUGGGCUUUCGGGAUCUAAGGGCCUUCAAUUUGGCUUUGUUGGCUAAGCAAGGGUGGAGAUUGAUGCAAAGCCAUGACUCUCUAUUAUAUCAAUGCUUCAAAUAUCGAUACUUCCCACGGUGUAAUUUUUUGGAGGCUAGUGAUUCACCAAAUAGCUCUUUUGUCUGGAAGAGCUUAAUGGCAGCCAUGCCUAUUUUAAAACAAGGGUGCUGUUGGAGAGUCGGGGAUGGGUCCUCAAUUAGAGUCAUGGAGGACAGAUGGAUUAUAAACUAUCCAACCAAUAAGGUCCUUCACCCUCCAGAAGAACAGGAUUGGGAAUGGAGAGUAUCUGACCUCAUAGAUCAGACGUCCAGGAGUUGGGAUAGGGAGUUGGUUUGGUCAAAAUUUCAUAGGGACGACGCUGAAGCGAUAUGCCGGAUUCCACUGAGCCAUCGAACUGUUUCGGAUUCACUACUUUGGCUUCACACCAAGGAUGGUCGGUACUCGGUAAGGUCAGGGUAUUAUUUGGCUAGACAAAUUUUAAGGUCUGAUAAUUGGGCUGAAUGUUCUUCAGGGUGUAGUGGCCGUGAUGUGUGGGAGAAGCUGUGGAAGUUGAAGGUUCCGAAUAAAUUAAAAGUCUAUGGGUGGAGGGCUUGUCAAGAUAUUUUUCCCACAAGGGCAAACUUGGCUCGAAGGAAAAUAUUGGAAGAUGAGCACUAUGAAGUAUGCAAGACAGCUCCGAAGACUGGAAUUCAUGCUUUAUGGGAAUGUCCGGUGGCCCAGGAUAGAAACGCUGUAAUACAUGGGGGGAAGAUUAAAGAUCCUGGACAGCUGUGUAAACGAGCAGAGGUUUACCUACUUGAGUACCAUCAAGCACAAGACCAGCUCUCAAUACCGAGUAGACAGCAGAGUGUGACUCAGUGGCAGCCCCUUCCUAUCGAUCGCUAUAAACUGAACUUUGAUGCUGCCAUCUUCACGGAAUUGGGUUGUUCAGGAUUUGGUGCGAUUGUUCGGAAUGAGCGGGGAGAAGUCAUGGCGGCCUUGUCUGUUAAAGGACCUCUGGUUUGGAAUAGUGAAGAAGCUGAAGCACUUGCAUGUCGAAGAGCAGUGGAGUUUGCCAUUGAUGCUGGCUUUGCUGAAUUGAUGAUUGAAGGAGAUAAUGUGAAUGUUAUGAAAGCGGUUUGCUCCAACAGUAUGGACAAAGCUAGGUUGGGUCAUGUUUUCCAGGAUAUCCAAUGUCUUGUACACGGUCUAAGAUGGAGUUCUGUCAGUUGUGUUAAGCGGGGUGCUAAUGGCGCAGCACAUUCCUUAGCUCGCUUUGCCCGUUAUGUAUCUGAGGAAACAAUCUGGUUAGAGGAGUGUCCUCCUCCAGCUAGUGAUGCUCUGUACCAAGAUUUGUUAAGUUUAAAUUGA